AUGGACAGCACAUCGAGCCAACGCGGCCCAACAUCCCGACUUGCCCACUGGGCUGCCGCCGUUCCCCGAGAGCGUACUCUCGCUGCCAGAGUCGAAGCCCAGAGGGGCAUCAAAGACUUGGUGGGCUGCCUCAUCGGCGGCGCCAUCGAACGCGUUCCCAAAAUCGUCGCCAAGGUCGCCACAUCAACGAGCGGUCAGGGGCUGUGCACAAUCGUCGGCCAGACUCAGAAGGUGCCAGCCCAGGCUGCAGCGUAUGCCAACGGCACUGCUGCUCACAUCCUCGACUUUGACGAUUCCUUCCGGCCACUGACCGGCCAUCCGUCUUGCACCAUUGUUCCAGCCAUCCUCGCCGUAGCUGAGGAGAGGGGCAGCUCCGGCGACGACGUGCUGGACGCAUAUGUCGUCGGUAUUGAGAUUGCGGCUUGCCUGGGGCGUGCUGCCCCCAAACAUCACGACUGCGGAUGGCAUGGAACUGCUACGGUGGGCGUCAUCUCCUCUGCCGCUGCUUGCGCAAGGCUUAUGAAGCUUGACGCUGCUGGCAUCACCAACGCCAUCAGCAUGGCCUUCAGCGCCUCCAGCGGGGGCCGCGUCCAGAUUGGCUACGACAUCAAGAGUAUGCAACCAGGAGCGGCAGCACGAGAUGCUGUUGUAGCUGCCACCAUGGCCGCUGCCGGCAUCGUCGGCUGUUCAGAGGUCUUGACCGGUCCGUGGGGCUGGUCCAAGGUGUACUCCAACGUCAACGGCGAUGGGAGCGAAUACACAAUGCCCGACCUCGCCGCCGGCGAACCUCUUGCCAUCCAGGACCCAGGCAUCACCUUUAAGCCAUACCCAACCUGCGGUAGUACACACCGUACUCUCAAUGCCGUACUGGAGCUCGUAAACAAGUACGAUAUCCGCGCCGACGACGUCGAAUCCAUAGAAACCACCAUCCCCUUCCUCAACACUGCGAACCUCCGCUACCUGUGCCCAGCCAACGGUAUGCAGGGUCGCUUUUGCAUGUCAUACACGUGUGCGUUGGCUGUUUUAUACCGCCAAAUCCUCCUCAGCGACUUCGAGGACGACGCCGUACAGCGGCCCGAGGUCCAGGCUUUCAUGCCGAAGGUCACUAUGAACACUCUCCCCGGAAGUGAGCACACAGACAAGACGUAUCUGGAGAUGCCCUGCCACACUCGUAUCAAACUCAGGUCAGGGACUUUCUACGAUGAUACACGCUACGACCGCCGGGGUGAGGCUUCGGACCCUCUGACUGGGCGAGAAGAGCAGGACAAGUUCUAUGACUGCACCAGCAAGGUCAUGUCCACAAGGCAGGCAGACCAAGUUAUGAAGCUUCUGGAUAACAUGUCAGAAGUAUCAUGUAUCAAAUCUUUGAUGGACUUGCUAUAA